AUGAAGCUCAAUCCAGAGAAGUGUGUAUUCGGCGUAGCUUCAGGGAAGUUUCUGGGUUUCACGAUCACUCAUAGGGGGAUUGAGGCCAACCCCGAUAAGAUUCAGGCUUUGGCAGCAAUGGAAUCACCAAGGACCAAGAAAGAAGUUCAAAAGUUAAUGGGCAAGGAGCUCAAGCAGACAUUGGAAUCUCCUCAUAUCCUCACCAAACCCGAGCCCGGGGAUACUUUGUAUAUGUAUUUAGCUGUGUCUCAGAAUGCAGUAAGUGGUGUCUUCGUGAAAGAGGUUAACAGGGCUCAACAACCCAUUUAUUACAAACUAGAUGUCUCAGAAAGAUUACUGAAGUGGGUAAUUGAACUCAAAGAAUUGGAUAUAGAGUUCAAGCCCCGACCAUCUAUCAUAGCUCAGGCCUUAGCUGACUUUAUUGUAGAACUCACCCCAAGGCCUCGGGGGCCAGAUGGUAGCUCGAGCUCUUCCACAGACAUUCAGUGUGCACUCAAGUGCGAAUUUGAGGCAACCAAUAAUGAAGCAGAGUAUGAGGCCGUCAUCAUAGCCAUGAAACUUGCCAUCAAUCUCGAGCUUAAAAACAUCAAAAUUUACAGUGAUUCCCACUUGGUGGUUGGACAAAUUGAAGGGACGUUCGAUAGGAAGAACGAGAAGAUGAGCUUAUACUGCUUGAAAGUGCAUGAUCUCCAGAGAAAGUUCAAGAGUUGUGAAAUUGUGAAAAUUACUCGGGCUGAGAAUUGUAAAGCCGAUGCCUUGUCAAGAUUGGUGUUCAUGGGGAUAGAUGAGCUUGACAGGACAGUUCACGUUAGAAUUGUAACUGAGCCACGCAUCAAUCAGACCGUAGGCAUCAUGGAUAUUGAUAAUGAGCCAUCGUGGAUGGAUUCAAUAGUGGACUUCAUAAAACAUGGCAAUCUUUCAGAAGAUCCUCGAGCAGCAAGAAGCAUCUGGUCCAAAGCUUCAAGGUAUUGCAUGAUUGAAGGAGUUUUAUUUCGCAGGAGCCUCACACUUCCAUACCUCAGAUGCCUUAGGCCUUCCGAAUCAUCCCCAGCCCUAGAAGAAGUUCAUGAAUGA